AUGCAGGCUUCCAGUGAGGCCUUGCGCAUGUGGCGCACCGAGUCUGGACGUUCCAAGCUCAAAGAGAUGUUGAUGCAACAUGGGAAUUUCAGCGCAGUGGAAUGUGAAAUCGUUCGCAUCCAGAAGACCACCAUGGACAAUUCCAAGCAGGGUGGUUGGGUGACCCGUCACUUUCUCAUCGGGGAAAAACAUUGGACAAAGCCGAUGGUGGAUGCUGCUGUGGAUUGGGCGAAGAACCGAAACCUUUGGAGGGUUAACCCCAUUCAUAAGGAGGAAGAGAUCAAGAUCGUUGUGGAAGACUUUUUCAAGUACACGGAUCAGCAGGCUUAUGAAACUUCCCAACGUGGAACUAUGGAAAUGGAGGAUCCAGAGGGUGCUCUCCUGGAGAGUGGGGAUUUGAUCCCGGAACAGAUGUCCAGGCUUCUUCCGGAAGUUGGGGAUGAUAAGACCCCGGAGGAAGAGGCACAGCCAGGUACAGGGGCCAGUUUCCGGUUGGUGUUCCCGACGCUCCAGCAGAAUUCAUCACCCUUGAGCGUCAUGACGGCUUUCAUGGAAACUCUGGGGCGUAAGAUUGACCAAGCAGAUCGAGAGAAGGACAGGUUGUUGCAAAAGAAGACUGAGAAGGCUGACCAGAUUGUGAAGUCUUUGGCCAACCUGAUCGACCUGCUGAACAAGGGUUACGAUAACCUUUCGAAACUCCAGGGUGAAGCGUUGACGGGCUCGAUUGAGGUUGGUGUCAUCAAACAAGCCAUGAAUGACAUCACGAAGACCGAUGUGGCCAUGAACAAUAUUUUGCUCCGCGGCCAGCCUCAGCGUGCUGACACUGUGAAGGCCGCGAAGCCGAAGGCCUCACCCAAGGUGAAGGCAAAGGCCAAGGACAAAGUCCCCAGAGUCAGAAAGGGAUCAAAGGCAAAGUCUAAGGCCCGUAAGACCCAUCCAAAGACCGAAGCCGAAGGCGAUGAUGAGUCUUGA